AUGACCUACACCGCAGAGACCCGGCCAGAAACGGCGAAAACCAAAAGAAUGAUGGAAACAGCAGAGAUGAAAGUGCUACGCAGGAUAGCCGGAAAAACCCUACUGGACAGGGAAAAAAAUUAUGGUACUUACGAUUUUGUAAUCAUUGGCGCGGGAUCAAGUGGCACAGUACUAGCAAAUAGGUUAUCAGAAAUAACAUCAUGGAAAAUUCUUUUAAUAGAAGCUGGUGAUUUCUCUGAUGGAGGCUUGAUAAACAUUCCUGCUUAUUACAACUACCAUGCCAAAUCUAAAUAUAAUUGGGCCUAUACAUCUGUUCCUCAAAAAAACUCUUGUCUUGGCAAUCCAAACAAAUCCUGUUCCAUAGAUUGUGGUAAAGGAGUAGGAGGUGGAACAUUAAUAAAUGGAUACGUCUAUUCUCGUGGUCCACGCGAACAAUACAAUAAUUUAGCUAAAGUGAUUGAUGAUCCAUCUUGGAACUUUGAUAGUUUACUGCGGUACUUUAAAAAAACUGAAUAUUUUCAUUGGAACGAACCAGAACUACCAAUAAAUAUUUCAUAUCACGGGCAAGUUGGUUUAUUGAGUGUUCAAAACGCGCUGUACAAUGAAAAAUUUGCUAAACCAUUUUUUGAAGCAAACAAGGAACUAGGUUAUUCAACAGUUGAUUACAACGGAUCUAGUAUGAUCGGCUCUUCUAUCAUUCAACAAUUCAUCAAAUUUGGUAAUAGAGAAGAUUUUGGAAACGUUUUCAUAACUCCAUUCCUUGGGAGGUCUAGUUUGGAAGUUACUACAAGAAGUUAUGUCAUAAAAAUUGAGAUUAAUAACGUGACCAAAAUAGCAGAAAGUGUUUUAUUUACUAAAAAUGGGAUAAUUUAUCGAGCGAAAGCCUCAAAGGAGGUCCUAUUAUCAGGCGGAACUGUAGCCAGUCCUCAAAUUCUCAUGCUUUCGGGAAUAGGACCAAAAAAUCAUUUAGAGUCUUUAGGCAUUGAUGUAAUUCAAAAUUUAGAAGUAGGAAGUCGAUAUAAAGAUCAUGCUAUUGUAACAAUACCAUUUUCUACUGAUGUUAAAUUGCAAGAGACGCCUUUCCCUGUAAAAUUAGUACAAUACUUACAAGGUUACGGUGAUCUAACAGCUGCUACUCGCUCUCAAAUUCUGGGCUUUUUUCAAAUAAAUAGGAAUAUCAGUAACAUACCAGAUUUUGAAAUAUUUUCCUAUAUUGGUCAAAACCUAUCGGCGACAAUACAGUCGGAAGUUCAAACUGUUAAAAACACGAAUAUUUCAUUUGUAUUAUCGUAUUUUGGCUCGAAAUCAACAGGUUCACUCCGAUUAAAAAGCAAUAAUCCCUACGAGUACCCAUUAAUAGACCCUAAUUUACUUUCCGACGCUAAUAACGAGGAUAUAGAUGGAUUGUACCGCAGUUUAAAAUAUGUCUUCAAGCUCGUGGAUACUAAGCCGUACAAAAAAUAUAAUUUAAAGUUUUUAGAUGACCGUCCUCCGGAAUGUGCAGUUUAUCAAUACAAUUCCAAAGAUUACUGGCAAUGCUAUUUAAAACAAGGUAGUAUAAAUGGACUGCAUAUGACAGGUACAUGUGUUAUGGGUACUGAUCCAUCGGAAGGGGCAGUCAUAGAUUCAAAUUUAAAAGUUUACGGAAUACAAAAUCUGAGGGUUGUCGAUUCCAGUAUUUUCCCUGAACCCAUAGUAGGACAUUCGACUAUUCCAUGUGCAAUGGUAGCCGAAAAAAUAAGUGAUGUGAUAAAAACUGAGUAUGGACAAACUGUAUUUUUAGACUGAAUGUUAUAAAAACAUAUUUUGUAUCUGCUAA